GAGACAGCGCAGAAAAAAAAAAUGGACAGUGCAUCGAGAAAGCUGCAAUACUGGAGGCUUUAUGUGCUGUCGCUGGUGCUGGGAAUUGGGGGAUCAUUUCAAUAUGGGAUUCAGGUUUCUGCCAUCGCUUCUCCAGCAAUGCAUGUUCAGAGUUUCGUGAACUACACAUGGAUGUUGAGGUAUGGAGCUCCUGUGGCUGAUUCUACCAACCAGCUCAUCUGGUCCUUCAUCUUGGCUGUUUUAAGUCUUGGAGCCUGGGCUGGGGCUGUUCACAGCGGCAGUCUUCCUGUCACUUAUGGACGGAAAAAAACUCUGUUGUUCAACAAUGUUGUGGCGAUUGUCGCUGCUUUCUUCAUGCUCUUCAGUCGCACGGCCAAAUCUUUUGAGAUGAUCUUGCUGGGAAGAUUGCUUUAUGGAUAUAAUGUUGGUCUCGGUCUGAGUGUGCAUCUCAUGUACCUCGGGGAGUGUUCACCAAAGAAACUCAGAGGUUUCCUGACUCUCACAGGCUCAAUUUUCAUCGGAUUUGGAAAAGUCACGGGUCAGAUCAUUGGCAUCAAGGAGAUUAUGGGCUCAGAAGAAAUGUGGCCAUAUCUCUUAGCUGUAAGUGGUAUUCCUGCCAUCCUGCAGUUUGCGACGUUGCUGUUCUUCCCUGAAGCACCACGAUACCUUUAUAUUGACAAAGGAGACACUGAGGGGACCAGAAAAGCCCUGCAGUGGCUGUGGCAGGAUGAUGACUUAAAGAUGGAGCUGGACGACAUGCAGAAAGAGAGGGAGAGCGCACAGGGAGAGAAGGCCAAGACGGUGAAGGAUGUUCUCACCUCUCGCUGUGUGAGAUGGCAGCUGCUGACUCUGGCCAUCCCCUGCGCUGGGGUCCAGUUCUGCGGCAUCAACGCCCUGUAUUUCUACGCCUUUGACAUCUUCCGUGAGUCAGGAGUGCCAGAGGACCAGAUGCAUUACUUGUCCAUUGGUAUAGGAGCGACAGAGCUCAUCACUGUAACGCUGUGUUCUUUCUUUAUAGAUCGUGCUGGCAGAAAGAAACUCAUGGGCUAUGGCUAUCUGUUGAUGGGUGUCACCAUGUCUGUACUUACGGUCACGCUGUCCAUUAAGCAUCUGAAUUCAUGGAUCCCGUAUGUGAACAUCGCCCUGAUCUUUUGUGUCAUCUGCCUUUAUGGACUUGGACCUUCUGGAGUGUCUAUGGCUCUCCCUGCUGACCUCUUCCUACAAGCCUGGCGUCCUUCUGCUUAUGUGAUCAGUGGGACUGUUAACUGGUUGAGCAUGUUCCUUGUGGGGAUGUUGUUUGGCUACAUUGUGGAUGGGCUCGGCCAGUUCUGCUUCUUGAUUUUCGUGGCUUACUGCAUUUUCAGUGCGGCCUUUAUGAUAUAUUUCGUCCCGGAGACCAAAGGGAAGACAAUGGUAGAGAUUAUGGAGGACUUCAACAAACUGAAUUACAAAAACAGGAGCGCUGACAUUGAGAAGACUGACAUUGCUUUUGCUACUAAAUUUUAACUUUUUGUUUUUCAUACUAAAUCAGUUUAACUGUAUUUUAAGAAAACAUGUAAUUGUAUAUCAGUCAACAUAAAUAUGAAUGUAUUUAUUACCUUUUCAUGUAACCAUCUAACAGAAUAUUAUACACUUUGAAACCAGACCACAAACAGAAUGCUCACAAUAAGAAUGUGGAGUUUGUAAAUAAAUUAACAUGGAAAAUAAAUUAUUUGCAAUUGCAUCUGAAUGUGUUUCUCUUGCUCCAUAGUUAUUUACUAUAAUUAACUGGCAUUCGCUACAGUCAUUUAACAAUUUUAACAAACGCAAAGCUUAAUCACAACUCUGACUGACCGUGGACAUUGAGGUACAGCUUUAAACUGCUCCUCCUCCUUUCAGCAGUCUUAAAACAUAUGAACCUUUGUGCAGUUGAAGUGCUGCUGCGGUACCUCAAGUCUCUGUGGCUUCCUGGGUUGACUUCUGUGUAUCCUGACAGGUGAAACUGACAACAGAGGAGAUCACCAGAAUAAGAUCUACCUUAUCCGAACUACAGUGUUUUCCAAAUACCCGUAAUAGAAGAAGUGCAGAAAUAUUAGCAACAAAAUGAAUUUGAAGUAUUAGCAGCAGAGCAACUGAUUUAUAUUCUCUGUACUUACUAGAUUAGUAGCUCACCCUGUGAGGCAUAAAGAUUUGCUUCCCCCCACAACACCAAGACACAGCGCCCCCUGCUGUACCAGAUGAGUGGUAAAAUGAUUAGGGUCAGACAUGUUAGCCUGCCCCGCUCCCAAUAACCUGUUUGAGUCUCACUAUUUACCGGUAAUAAUUACAAGAGAAAAAUUAGGAGAUUUUUCAAUUG